ACGUGGAACCAAGUCAACAGAACAGGCCCACUUCAAAGACCCUAAAAAUCGUUUGUUUUUCUUCAUACACCACCGUUUUGUUCUUAUUCCAGAAAUUCUGAAAUUAGGGUUUAAGGAUUUUUGCUUUCGUAUCAAAAAUGGCAACAGCGGCGGCACCGAGUACGGCAGCUACUACGGAGAAGAAGAAGCCAGUUUUUGUGAAAGUGGAUAGCUUAAAGCCAGGGACACAUGGACACAACUUGACGGUUAAGGUUGUUCAAUCGAAUACCGUCAAAGCCACUGGCGGCGCCAAUCGAGGCGGCAGAUCAUCGGCGUCGCUAAAUCCUCGUGGUCCGGCUCGUCUCGCCGAGUGCCUUGUCGGUGAUGAUACCGGUUCCAUCCUCUUCACCGCCCGUAAUGAACAGGGUAUGUACAAAAUAAUCUCUCAUUUCCGGAAAUGGAAUUUUGCUUUAUAUUAGUAAUUGUUAGCUUAC